GAACAACGUCAAAGAGAUGGCGGUACCAAACGAUUCUUCAUGUAUGCACGUGUACCGUAGUACACAUAUGUACAUACGUAUAUAUGAAGGCCCUUUAAACUAAUGAGUAAGGAAAAGCUUGAUCAUAUCGGGAACAACAAAAACUGAUGAUUGACAGAGAAUUCAAGAGAAUUGUCAGCAAUUGUCAAGCUUGUUAGAAUAGUCAGCGAAGCUCAAGAAUCAGUAAAAAUCCAUUCGAUCGACAGAAUUACGUUUCAGUACGUGUAAGUGCAAUGUGCAAAUACUGACACAAAGAGGAAAAGAAUACCAACACUUCUAAUGUUUAUAAAUAAACGAAGUAAAUGUUUAGACCAAUUUGAAACAAGUAAAAAUUGGAAGAAUUAGGAAACCUGACUGUGAGACAAUAUGGGUAUCUAUCCGUUGAGUGUGAUUUUGGUAAAAAGCGAUAGCAAGGGUGAUAGACUUCUAUUUCGGUAUCCACAUAUGACAGAUCACAUAAGGGAAUCCGGUCAGUGCACCAAACGAAAAACACCUUAUUCAUUGAUCAAUACAGAGGAUUUAUUGCAGUCAUUGACAUUUCCGACAUCAAAUAUAAGUAAUGGAAAUCUAACCGGUCUAACGGACGAAGUUCUGUCCACUUUGUUUGCCGUAAAACCUGAAUUGUACGAACAAAAAUUUGAAUUGAAAAUAAACGAUGUUCGAUUUGUUGGACAUCCGACUAAAGUUCCAUCUCACGCUUCAAAAGAAGUACAUUCUCCCAUGCUUUGUAACAUAGUCUUUGCGUUACAUGCACAGGCAAGCUAUUCAGUAGUAAAAUGUUAUUACAAUCUAAGCAAAAGGUUGGGUAUAGCACUAAGACAUGAAGAAAAGAGAUGUGGCUUUCUGACAGAUGAAUUAAAGAUAAUGGUGUCCACACAUGAUGAAAUUGCUGGAAGAUCAGAAGGUGAAAGUGAUUGUGAUGAGUCACCAUACGAAUUAAUUCUUCAAAGAAGCUCGCUUGCACGCGGCUUGAAGUCUGUGUUCAGUAAUCUGAGCACUUCCGGCAUAGUUAGCAUCAUAAUCAACAAAUGGAUCCAAGUACGUUUCUGUCUUCCUCAGAAAGUUCAUCUAUCGCACAAGAAGGGUCUUCUUGAUCCCGAAAUUAUAGACAGAUUAGUAUUGUUAGUAUUUUUCAGAUGUUUAAAGAGUUUGAGGCCUUACCACGGCGUACUUUUACUAACUGAUCCGUUGGAGUUGUUGGAAUCUUUGCAAAUAGAUAGUUCUCCGGCACUCAAGCGGUUCCUUCAGAUGUACAAUCCGUUGAAAAGUCUACAAACUUUGGCUGCCGAUUCGGAUCUGACACUAGCACAAGUGUUUCAACUAGCUAGCCACUUGGUUUAUUGGGCAAAGGCCACAAUAAUUUAUCCACUCUGUGAAAGCAACGUCUACGUUGUCUCUCCCGAUGCGGCAUUAACCAAUCAAUUACUAGAGUCAUUCUCCGAACAAUUCCCAGGAGUUUGUUUACUUCAAGUAAUUAGCGAUUUCUCUUUACCUACAUCUAUCAGUCAAAAGUUAAGUCCCUUAAGCCAGUCGCAGCAACAAACACAGUUGAUAAAGAUAAUUAUAUGGUUACUAAAGAAUCAGGUGCUCCUACAGUUACACACAUAUGUGCGAUAUGUGCCGACAGUUUACGGACGUUUAUCACAAGAUGCAAAGGAUCAGGAAAUCCACGACACAAUCGCGACAGAAGAAAGUGAAAGCAUUUGGAGCGCCGGUGACACGCCGAAAGGAACGCCUACGGAAAUCAAAGAAUUAACGCUCACGGCCAAGGAGGACAUACUGUACGAUUAUCAAUCGGAAGAUUACAAUAUUCUAUCCGACGAUAAGAAAUUGCUCGAUAGAUUAUGUCGUCUUGGUUAUUUUAACGGCGAUUAUCACUUAGAAGAAAUUAUGUAUUUGGAAAACAUUGACAGAUCUCAGUUGUUACAACUUCUGGACAAAUUUCGAGAUAUAUUAAUGGUUUCCGAGUGCGAGGAUCCUACCAUUGCACUCUUUUAUAAUAAUUCAGGUUCUUGAUUUUACAAACAAAUACGUUAUAUUUACAAAAAUAACGUAUUUGUAAAU